AUGGUUGACCGUGAUUUGUUUUCGUGGCUGUUUUUGAUGGCUUGUAAUCUAGCGUAUUGCGAUGAUCCAGACGAGCUUUUGAAAUCGUCAAUCGCAAAGCACGGUUACCCGGUAGAGCUGCACAAAGUGACCACCGAGGACGGAUACAUUCUCACCACCGCCCGAAUUCCCAACCCCGGCAAAACUCCCCUUCUGAUCCUCCACGGCCUGUUCGGAUGUUCGGUAGACUUCACAGCCCAAGGUCCCGGAAAGGCUCUAGGUCUCCUUGCCCACGACUUCGGAUUCGACGUUUGGCUUGGCAACAACCGCGGCACCACCUACUCCAAGAAGCACGAAACCCUAGACCUGAAGUCCCGAGCCUAUUGGCGGUUCAGCUUCCACGAACUGGGGCUGUAUGACCUGUCGGCCAUCGUAGACUACGUUCUCAAGCACACUCGCAGGAAGAAACUACAAUAUCUGGCUCACUCUCAAGGAGGCGGUCAAUUCCUCGUCCUCACAACCCUCCGUCCCGAGUACAACGACGUCUUCAUCAGUGCCCAUCUCUCUUCCCCAGUCGCCUACCUACACCACGCCACCAGCCCAUCAGUUAUCCUAACGACACGUCCCGACGAAAUCGAAGCCGGAGCCAAACUCACCGGACUGUACGAGCUGAGCGGCCGAGGUAACGACUCCUACGUGGACGCCAUCGUGCAAGCGACCCGAAAAGGUUUCAUCCCUCUGGACCUCAUCCUGAUCAACGUUUGGUACGUGAUGGGCUACCACGACUCCAUCAACCGGACCAUGUUCAUGGAUUUGCUCCGGUACAGUCCCGCCGGUGGAUCCAUCUAUCAGGUGUUGCACUACAUCCAACUGUUCAACGCUCGGAGUUUCCAACAGUACGACUUCGGGCCAGUGGAGAAUCUGCAGCGGUAUGGAACGGCUCGGCCUCCGGCGUAUCCGUUGCAGAAGAUUACGACCCCCACAUAUAUCUAUUACAGCGAAGCCGAUAACAUCAUACAGCCACCGGACGUGCACGCCUUGGCUGAUCAGCUUCCGAAUUUGCGACUGCGGUACAAAAUUCCGGAUCGGCGCUGGAAUCAUUUAGAUUUCCUGUACGCCAACAGUGCACAUCGGCUGUACCGGAUGAUUCUCGGCAAGAUUAGUCAGACGUGAGCAACGGAUUCAAUGGGUAGAAUAUAAGUAACAAUUUAAAUAUACUUUUGAAAUGGUCCAGAUCAUCCAAUAUACUCUGGAGUUUAACUUCAUUCCUACACUUGUUAUAGAAACCAUAUCCGUCACAUUGAGUAACAUUUCAUAUGUGACCAGAACCUCCUUGAAGACCAAUAGACAUUCUUGUACAUUUCUGAAACAUAUGGGUUCGGCCAAACUGUCCUGGAAGUCAGAGCU